UUUUAUUCAUUUUGACUUUCUAAUCUUCAACGUAUAAAUAGCCACCAUAGAUUCAAACUCAAACACACAAAUACAAAAUGGAUUGCAGCGAAAGUCAAUCAAAGUACAAAGGAAUCCGUCGCAGGAAAUGGGGGAAAUGGGUAUCGGAGAUUAGAGUUCCGGGAACUCGAGACCGUCUCUGGCUAGGCUCAUUCUCUACAGCAGAAGGCGCCGCCGUGGCGCACGACGUAGCUUUCUACUGUUUACACCAACCAAACUCACUCGAAUCUCUCAACUUUCCUCACCUCCUUCCUCCUUAUAUCGCUUCCAAUCAUACAUCGCCGAGGUCUAUCCAGCAAGCUGCUUCCAAUGCCGGAAUGGCAGUUGACGCUGGGAUUGUCAACAGUAACGGCGUGUCAGGGAACUCUGGGUGUGGAGAUACGACGGCGUAUUGUGGGAAUGGGGGUGGAGUAGUGGAGCCGUUGAAUAUUUCGGUGUAUGAUUAUCUGGACGGUCACGAUCACGUUUGGUCUUCUUCUUUUUGAUUUAAAGCUACUAAAACAGAGUGUUUGGAGCCUAAGUAUGCAAACCAAAUGGUUGUGAAUAUAUACAUACAUGUGCAUUUAUGUUUCAA